GAGAACGAGCCCCGUACCAAUUUGAUUGCGAAUAAAAAGAUUGAGUAAAUGGAGGCGAGCAACAUUUUAGUUGGAAAUCUCAUCGAAGGAGUAUCACAACCGAAUCCUAAAUUCAUUCCGAUUCUCGUCAAUUCGUGUUCGCGUCAUACGUAAUUUGUUGCACCCAUCCGUUUAAAUCGUUGCAUCAUUACGCAAUUCAAAUUAUUUGCAAAGAAAAAAAAAUUGGAAAAAAAGAAAGCGAGAAUAUUCGAUAGAAAGUGUGUGGAUGAACGCAUCUAACUACAUAUUCUAGAUUUUCAAUUCUGUUUGAUUUAAAUUACACUAGUGUGCUGAUCACAUUCAUAAAUUAUUGUGAAUAAAAAGGAAUUAUUUGCUGAGAAUUGCCGAUUCAUUAGAAAUAUCAUCAACAAGUGUCGUACGUGAACAGAGAUCGCUGUUGGUUUUAAGCACCACAUUUAUCUAUAUGCACGUGAUUCAAUUGUUUUCGAAGUGUCCAAUUUUAAACUGAAUUUUUUGUGAGAAUUUUCGUUCGAAAUCUAACGGAAUUUUAUACACACCGAUUAGGUAGAUCCAACUUCUAUUUUGCACUAGAGGCUUUGCAAAUUAAAUCAAUCUAGCCAUGUCAAAUUGUCGCGUAUUGUGUAUGCUGGCUGUUGUAAUUGCUGUACUGAGUGUGACAGCGGUAUAUGGUGGGCCGGCCAGAUCAUUGGUUUCAGUGAUGAGCUCUGCUCGAACUGCAAAAAUUCCACGCGCCAUUCGAGCCCCGUUUCGAAACAGUGAAAUGAUGACUGCUCGUGGCUUUGGCAAACGAAGCCAGAUGAAUAAAUUUAAAAAUGAUAACCCUCAGAAAUCGGACACAGAAAUUCCAUGGUCGAGUGACAAAUUUGACGUUCAAGAUGGAUCGACUGACAAUACUGAGUCAUCUCAAAAAUUGUUAGGCGCACAGUUUGACGAAAGCUACCCAAUCGAAUGGAUUGUACAAGAGAUGGUUGGAAAUGCAGCAUUUCUGCGUUCGCUCCUGGAACGUUGUGUUGACACAAACCAUGAUGGGCAAGUGACUUUACGAGAGCUGUUUGACGGUGUUGCAUCACCUUUUGUCACUGAUUUAAUUUAAAUUUUCCAUCAGUUUUUGAUUUUAUUAUUCGAUUAAUUUAAGCGCUGACACCUGGUGCGUUAAAUCUCAUGAAUUAUUUUGCAAACAAAACAAACAAAUCCAAUAAUAGAAGAUGUGACAUAUCAGUGAGGAUCGGAUUUCUGUUGAGUUCGGGAUGUUUUCACUUAAAAACUACUUAUCCAUUUACUGUUAACAAUAACAAUGAGAAGUAAAGAGAAAAAAAAGCUAAAGAAAAAUUAUUCAGAUCAUAUAAAGAGCAAAUUUUUUUCGUGUAUAAUCAAAAACAAACAACAACAAAAAAAACAGAUAUAAAUUGAUGGUAUUGAACUAUUGAUUGUCAAUUUGCACAACUAAAAAUAAUUUACUAUCCGUCCCAAGCGCGACUCCACACUUAGCUUCUAAAUGUGACACCGUAGUAAGUGUGGGCAUACGUUUUGCGAAUAAGCGACAAAGAGAAUGGAAACAAGUGCGCGUGUAUUAGUCGCUACAUUGAGAAGCAUCGCAUCAGGCUACUUACUACCACACGCGCACUUGUUUCCAUUCUCUUUGUCGUUUAUUCGCAAAACGUAUGCCCACACUUACUACGGUUUCACAUUUAGAAGCUAAGUGUGGAGUCGCGCUUGGGGUAUUUAUAUAUAGAUUUAAGUGGAUAUCAUCUAUAUUGAUGAUCAGGAUAUCCCAAUUACAUGCCCUUUAUUAUUGCUCCUUCAUUUUUGGCCCGUGCAAAUCGACUGAACUACGCGAUGUAUCUCAUUAACUUGAUUUCCAUUUCUGUAUGGUUUAUUAUUCGGUUUAAUAAAACCGUUAAAUUAAAUAUAAUUGCGCUAUGGUAAAAUGGAAUGAAUGGAACAUCCAUAUGAUGAGAUGCACGCAUCGGAAUUUCUAUCGGAAUUCAAAUUUCACAGCUAUAGCAAGAAUCAAUGUUGUCAAUAAUUUCACAUUUUCGUUAAAUUGAUGGAUGUUAAAUAAAAUUCUAUAAAAAAAAACAAUAAGAAAUGUGAAUGUUAAAAUUAAAGAGAACAAACCAAAAAAAACAGUAUUAAUCAAUUCAAUAAAUGGACUUUGCAAUUAUAAAAAUCCAAUUUACCAUUUCCACAUGAUUUAUGAAGAGAGAAAAAACAAUCUCUGCCCUCAACUACCAUUUUAUUUACCAUUGAAUUGCUUGGUUAUUUUCUUUGAUCGAAACAUAUUUGCAAAUAUUAAAAUUAUCAAAUUGUUAACAUUGAUAAGAUAAUUUAUUUUUAAAAGUCAAACCAUUUU